AUGCUGAAGAGUUUGUUUGGAUACGAAAGCCAUGUUCAGAUGGUCAGGAAUGUGUACAGAAAGGACUCGAUGAGUGAGGAAAAGCUCUCGAAGCUGAUUACAUACAUGAAGUCAAAUGCAUCAAGCAUUCCGAGUGUUUUGGAUGAUCUGCGUGAGAAAAUAGAGGAGGAGAUGCAGAGUACGCAUAGGCUAAAGAUCGGUUCGAGAGUGCUGCGCCUGAUGAUUGAUCAGCUACGGGACGUAUCGAUAUGCUAUGAGUCGCGGAUGGUGAAUAUUUUUGUGGGGAUAGUCAAGAAGAUAUUGGCUCUGAAGAAAAUGGGGUUUUUUGAAUACUCUGACCACCAGGAGUUUCUUGAUGUGUUCAGGUAUUUUUUUGAAACGGUCCCGAUUAGGACACAUGAGAGUGAGAAGUACAUCAGGACGAUCCUGCUUAUUGCAACAAGUGUUACAAAGGCAACGAUUGCGGUGAAGGCAUCUAAAAGGCAUAAUGAGGAAUCGCCAGUGAUUUUGAGUGAUGAUGGCAUGGAUGAUGGCACAGAGAUGGAUAGUUGCAGUGAUGGCUCUGAUGAAAGCAACAUGGCUGAGUUUGAUCAGGAGAAUGCAGGUGGUGAAGAGAUGUCUGGGGUAAAGUUUGAGUAUUUGUUUCUGGAGGUAAUCCAUUCGUUGAUGGAGGUGAAAAAUGUGCUGAGGGCAGGAUAUGACGAAAAGUACAGAUGGCUUGUGAAUUCGUUGAUGAAGCCUGGCGAGGUGAAUGAUGCAAAGAAGAGGGAGAUCCUUGGGCUGGUAGGAAAGAAGGCAAAUGAGAUAGGAGGAAGCAGUUUUGUGUAUUACGUGCUUAGAUAUGGGAGUGUUAUGAAAAGGCCGUGCCUGGACAUUCUUACUAGGUGUCUUGAGUGUAAUCUGUACCCGCAGGUGAUUCUGCAGGCAAAUGUUAAUAUCUUGGAACGGCGAAGGCGAUUUGAGGAAGGAAACGAGAUUGAUGAGUGUGAGUUUCUGGUGAGGGAGGCGAUUGGAUUUCUGAGUGCCCAUGAUGUAGUGCAUCUGGAUCAGAAGGAGAUGGUGUGGAGUUUGUUCUAUGUCUUGGAGAUGUUUUUUUCGAACGGAUACCGACCUGAAUUUGAGUUUGUGAUUUUGUAUGUGAGAGUGUACUUUGAGAAGUGCAUGCAGAUAUCGGAUGUUUUCUAUGAAUUUCUAAAGAAAAUGUAUGAGGAGAGUGGGUUGUGCACAGCUGAUAUGCGUGGAGUAAUACUUGCUGAGCUAGACAGGUAUCUUUUACGGAAUACUGGAUGUAUUUUUGAUGCCAGGCUUGUGAUUUAUCUGCUGAGUCCGCCUACGGAUGGCACCGUGCCAGCGCAUUGCAGGAUUCUGUAUCUGUCAAGAGCUGGCAUUAUGCGCAUGACUGCAAAGCCUCUAAUGGGGGAAAGAAUCAUGGGGAAGCUAAGGCUACUGCUUUAUCGAAGUGGAAACAUGGAUGUGCAGAAGCUUGUGAUUGAGAUGGCGAUGAGUGGAGUGUUUCGAAAUGAUUGGCAUAAGAUGUUUUGCGUGAUGAACGAGAAGGGGAUGCUGAGUGAGUCGCACAUGAAGGAGAUGUAUGGAGACAAGUAUAUUGAAAUAAAUGAAAUGAUUGAUAAGGAAUGUGGAGGUAGGAAUCUAGAGGGAUAUAGCUUUGAAGAGGACAAAAUGCUGUAUGAAGAGUGUUUGGCAAGGCCGAACCAAUAUUAUGAGAGUGUUUGCAAAGGACGACGGAAGCCCAGGAUUGGAUUGAUUGACUAUGAAAGCUAUUUCAGAUGA